AUGAGUGGCGGAUGGAAUACCAUUGAGUCCGAUGCGGGUGUCUUUACCUCUCUCAUCGAGAAUCUUGGCGUGAAAGACGUUCAGUUCGAAGAACUCCUCACACUCGACCCAUCUGAGCUGCUGUCCUUACAGCCUGUAUACGGCGUGAUCUUCCUCUUCAAGUACCCGACUGAUCAACCAUAUGCGACACCCGAAGGACCCCGCGACGGCUCGUUCGACAAUGCCGCAUCAGAAAACAUCUUCUUUGCUGCCCAGACGAUUCAGAAUGCAUGCGCAACGCAAGCUCUGUUGAGUGUACUACUCAAUAAGACGAACAAUGUUGAAAUAGGCGAGAAGCUCGGCGACUUCAGAGAGUUCACCAUGGUGUUGCCGCCCGAGUUCCGUGGUGAGGCGUUGAGUAACUCUGACCUCAUCCGUGAGGUGCACAACAGCUUUGCUCGUAGCAGCCCUUUUGCCGACGAGACAGACAAGACUGGCGCCGAGGCGGAGGAUGCUUUCCAUUUUAUCGCUUAUACACCUAUCAACGGUACACUCUACGAGCUCGAUGGUUUGCAACCGGCGCCCAUCUCCCAUGGUGCUUGCAGCUCUGAGGACUUCCCCACCAAGGUAGUCGAUGUUCUCCAACGCCGCAUCGCACGGUAUGACACCACCGAGAUUCGAUUUAAUCUCCUGGCUAUGUGCCGAGAUCUACGACAGCGUGCGCGCGACUUCGGGGAUGAGGAGCUGUUGGCAAGAGAAGAGCGCAAGCGACGAGAUUGGAUGUUUGAGAAUGCUCUGCGAAGACAUAACUUUGUGGGCUUUGCGGGUGAGGUGAUGAAGGGCGUUGUGCGCAGUAAGAUCGCCGAGGGUGGUGACGCUGCCUGUGAGAAGUGGGUGAAGGAGAGCCUAGAAAGGAGGAAGAAUGCAGAGCAGGCCAUGAGAGGUCGAGCUGGAGGUGGUGACGGGGACGGCGAUGUUGAUAUGGGAGCUUGA